CACUCUACACUUCGAUCUCUAAACGAGGUUGUUCUUUGUGAUGCAAUGGAUACUGAACAAGUUGAAAUUCCGGCAACGGCUUUGAUUGUUUCCGAGGAAACUGGCACGGACAGCAAGGGGAAGAGUAUAAUAUACAAUGACAUGACGUGGCAAUACCAAUUGGAGGAUGAUUCAACCACUGAACUCGGUAAUACUCUUAGUUUAGCAGAGUCGGAGAAAGGUUCGGAGGUCGACUUGUCGUAUCACGAUGAUGACGGGGAUUAUGAUGACUACACUGAUGAUGAUUCUGAUUUUGGUGACAAUAAUGAAUUAUUAAACAAAGAUGAUCAUUUGAUUGUGCAAUCCCUUUUUGAUAGUUUGAGUCUUACUCCGGAAGAGAGUGAAAUUAUAUGGUUUGAAGACCCUACUUCAGUUCUAAAUGGGAAUUCACCCCAGGUUCUGUAA